CGCCCGAGUGGACGUAUCAAGUUUUCUUUGGGAUUUUCAUUUAUUGUAUGACUAUUUCGAAAUUUUUACUACUCUACGAAAACUAUGCUCAAAAAACCAAAAACUCAUACUCUCAGUUUCCCUACAGGAUCUUCAUACACUGGGCCGUUAGAUUCUGAAGGCAAGAUGACAGGUUUCGGUGUAUACAAGUUCCCAAAUGGCAACGAGUAUAGAGGAUAUUUCAAGAAUGGAUUUUUUCACGGACGUGGAAUGAUGAUAGACGAGAAAAAAUUCAAAAUGUGUGGAUAUUUCAUAAAUGGAAAAUGUAAUGAAUAUGAUAUCUUUUUUGGAGAUGGAUUAGAAUUCCGUGAAAACAAUUGGACAUAUUGUUCUGAGGUGGAUAGACGUUUUUGGGUUGAGGUAAAUCAAGGAAUUCCACCAGUUGGUGAGGGAUUUUUGACGAAAGAAAAACCAUCAAGAAUUAUUCCAAGAGGUCAUUAUGACACCGAAGAGGGUUUCUUUGAUGCGAAGACUGGUUAUUUAAUGGAUGUGUCUGGAUUGAGAAUACGUCAUGUUUGUCCUGAUGAAAGGAAGAACAUUUUAAAACAUUGCAGAAUGAAUCAAAUUGAUUGUGAUAUUAACCAUGAAAUUAUGAAACAAAAGGAAAAAAUUGUCGCCUCAACUGAUUCGUGGAUAUCUACAGAUACAGAAUAAAAAUUAUUUGAAAGUUA